CACAGUACCUAACUUCAGUAGAUAAUGGUACUGUUGUCUGAGGGAGAACGGGGCAGAGUUUUGAGGGAGAACACAUUACUUUAGAGAGGUAAGGGUCUGCAGAGGGUCCUCAAGCAUGUGACUCAGGGAAGCCGGGUGAGGGGCUGGAGAUUUCUCAGGUGGCAGCUGAAACCUUGAGUGGGUGAGAUCCUGCAGGGUGGGUAACUAGCCCAGGACCCCAAACCUACUCUUCUCCCCAUAUGGGAAAGGGAGCCCUUGCAGGGUGGCCAGCGGCGGGUUUACGGCAGCAGGGGGCGCACUGGUACUAGGGGAAGUGGAGCAGGAGGCUUUUGGGACUCUCGUGGCUCUGGGGUAAACCAGCUCCCGUGGUACACGGAAUCUGGGGGAGACCGAAGCUUAGGCUAUUGCCUUUGAUCAGGGAGACGCAGCCAGGCAGCUGAACCUUCAGAACCGGGGCUCCAUCCCCCUGCCUUGGCAGUUGUUCGGGGCAGGUCCAGCCGAUUACACAGGGAGGCUGGAGCCCCCGGGACCUUUCCAGACCUGUUGGGCUCUCCGAGGCCAGACAUGCUAGCCGCUUGCCGUUACUCACAGCAACGCCUUGCAGAGAGAACCCUUACCUGAAAGAGAGGCUCGGGAACAGGGAAUGAGGGCGGGGAGCACCAAGAUGACCGGUCUAGGUACGGUCCCUGAGGAGAGCAGGGAUGGGGGACUACCGUCUGAACAAAGCAGCAAAAGACGUAGACUUAAUACGGGACAGAGACAAAGCCCCACCUCCUGCUUGCAAGACUUGUCAAGGGACACCUACGAGGACAGGCAGGUGACACUUAGGAGAGGGUUAGGGGCCAAUGAAUCAGGAGAGCGGGGAAGAUGUACACUACGCUUGGACAGGGGUCCGGGGAUCUGAGACCCGCAGAAUGCGCCUGGAUAGGGACCAUCAGGGGCGGGAGAACGAGGAACAGGCACAAAGCAGCGCUGCGUGGGGAGGAGGCGAUGGGGGGCUUCCAAAGUUGAACCCGUGCGAAGCGAGAGCAUCUGGGCGCGGUGCCUAGGACAUGGGAGAAUUGCGGACUAUGUAGCGGGCCAGAGAAGAACAGAGAACCGAGCUGGGCGUAGCGCGGGACUUCCACGCAGCUGGGGAAGUUUGGGGGACGCAGGAACACCGAGCCUGGGACCCACCUUAGGGUCAAGACUCCGGGCAGGGUCAGGAGACAAUAUAUGGCAAGGCCCCCGGAGGUUCCCGGUCCGGCAGUGACUCCAGUUUGAGGCGGCAAAGCCGAGACACUGCCCGCAGCUGCCCCCAGCCCCCCCAUCUCUCUUGUUUGUCUCCAAGUCCGGCCGGAACCGGCUUCUACUUGCCGGGGGGCGGGUGGGUGGCUGCUGAUUGGUCAACGUCUGUUUCCAGCCCCCACUCAGCCAAUCAGCGGGCAGCAGUGUUUUUCAUUUUAGGGUCGGAAUAAAAGGGCUGGAAUAAAAGAGGACAGAAAAAGCGUCGGGCGGGCCCGAUACACUUCGGAGUUGGGUGGCUGCAGAGCCGGAGCAGGAGCCAGGCCGCCGCACAGCAUCGCACCAUGGCGCCCACCCUGGCCACUGCCCAUCGGCGCCGCUGGUGGAUGGCCUGCACCGCUGUGUUGGAAAACCUCCUCUUCUCGGCAGUCCUCCUGGGCUGGGGCUCGCUGCUCAUCAUGCUCAAGUCGGAGGGUUUUUACUCCUACUUGUGUACUGAGCCAGAGAAUGUCACCAAUGGCACGGUGGGGGGCACCACAGAGCCGGAGCACGAAGAGGUGAGCUGGAUGAAUGGGUGGCUCAGCUGCAAGGCCCAGGAUGAGAUUCUAAAUUUGGCCUUCACUGUGGGCUCCUUCCUGCUCAGUGCCAUCACCCUGCCCCUGGGCAUCGUCAUGGACAAGUAUGGUCCGAGGAAGCUCAGGCUGCUGGGCAGUGCUUGCUUUGCUGUCUCCUGCUUGCUGAUUGCCUAUGGAGCAAGUAACCCAAACUCUCUCUCUGUGCUCAUCUUCAUUGCUCUGGCUCUGAAUGGCUUUGGUGGGAUGUGCAUGACCUUCACCUCACUAACGGUAAGUAUUGAUUUUUUAAGAGCGUUCUCUAGAUUAGUAAUCUGCUUGUGAACUUGAGGCAGCUUUUGUUGUUUUCCACUUCCUUGCCUUCCAUUUGCUCACAUUGCCUGAUGUCCCAAGCAGUGCAGGGACUGUGGGUGCAAGGCCGUCAUGGCCUCCCAAGCUGGGAGGUCCAGCAGGCAGCAGUACAUGGCUCACAGGGUGACUCGCUCUCUGCUUUCUGCCCUUGACUUUGGUGCUGAGGAAGCAGCUCACUAGCCAUGCACUUAGGGAAGACAGGAGCAGGGAGAAAAGAGCUGUUGUUCUUCCUUCCCACUUUUUCCUCUUAUUUUCCAUGCUGUUGUUCCCAGGGUCUCUGGAAGCUCUGACUAACAGUGCAACCAAUAAGCAAAUCUCCCUGGGAAUUUCUCCAGUCCCCACCUUUGCCUUUACCCAGAACUGAAUGGAAAAAUCCAGAGAAGCACCUGUGGCUCUCUUCUUGAUAUUCUCAAAGCCAGGGCACAGUAGUCCAUCUGAAGAGGGAGAUGUUUUGCUGAGUGUCCCCUUCUGGGAGCAUAGGGUCCUACAAAAUGGGCUUCUUUUUGAGAUGAGGGGGCAGAAGGAAGGUGCAGGUUGAAAGAAAUCAAAGAAGGGACAAAAGUCUUUUCCACAGGGCCUGAUUGGGCCAGUGUGCCAUUCAGAGAUGCUCUUCCGAGACACUCUGUCCAACAGAGAAAUCUCGCCUGCCUCAGUUUACCUGUGAAAGAGGUUUUAGGAUACCAUAUCUACCAUUACUGUUUGCAGUGCACUCUGGUUUCUGAUCUUCCUUUAUGCUUGUGAGUCAGGAGCCACACUGUUGAGAGAUCCUUGCUUUGCUGUAAGGGAGCUCUGGGGACUCUGGUCCUUUAGUAAGGAGUUGUCAUCUCCAUGAACUGCCUAUAGGCCAUGAAGGCUGUAUCCAACGCCUUCUCUGUUGCCCCUUCCUGCAUUUGCCUUGCUGGAAGUGCCUGGGCCUAGGUCUGUGGACAUGGAAAGUUCAUUGCAGUCCAUAUUAGGUUAGAAAAGCCAGUGCAGGCAGUGUGUGUGACAUGCUCUGGGUAAAGGUGUUCGUGGGCGUGUGUGACAUACAUCCAUUUAGGGACUCGGUGGUUUUGCCUCUGCUUGUUGCCAGGGAGAGUUACUUUGUACUCUUUGGGACUUAUUUAUUUAUAUAUAUUUUUUGUUUUUGUCUACAGACAGGGUCUCAUUUUGUAACCCAGGCUGGC